UCUGGAUAAUAGCAGUGACGUCAUUACCCCGCUUCCUCCACUCCUCUCAUGUUUUCUGCGUUUUCCUUGGCGCUUACCGCAAUUACUAAUGGAUCAUGGGGCACUUCAAACAAAACCGGCAUACUGCACCUUGGUCAAUAAAAGUGAUAACUCCAAAUAUGUAUGUUACUCACAUACGAAGGCAGGGUCGUUCAAUAUCGGAUUGACUAAUGCCUCAGAAGUCUGGAGUAAAGAUUUCACAGAGGACAUGCUGGCUGAACACGGAAAGAAUGUUGCCUUGAAAUCCGCAGAAGAUUACAUCUCAAAAAUCAGAUCAACGUGCGGGAACGGCAGUGCGUCUGUGACCGUGCAGGAGGAUGGUGCUGUUCUCCAGCUGGGCGUUUCCCCGGGGUCAGUGAGUGUGACCCUUCCCAGGCUGAGUGACCUCGAGGGGAGGGAGGAGCUGAGGGACCUGCUCUUUAGGAUGGCAGACAGUCUGAAGCUUGCCGAGACCACAGGCGGACCCUCAUCGUUUAGUCCCGGGAAGAGCCAGUUCAGACGAAAUGCAGGCUUUGAGCCAAGGAGUCAGCAGACCGGGCCAACCGUGGUUGCGAAGAAGAGACUACCGGGAGACUCCCUGAUCAACCCAGGAAGUAGAAAAAAGAAGCCUGCAACGGGAGUGGCAUUUGAUGACAACAAUGACCUAUGAGGGCAAAAAUGAUGAAUUGCUGCUAAUCUUAAACAGUGUAGCCUGCAUGCAAGACUUCCACUUCCAGCUGGAACAAGAGGAUGCUAGAAGAAAAGCAGGAUCUUCUUGUGAUUCAGUGUUAUUCAACCUAGCAGUGUCUGCAUCCUAUUUUUAGACAUCAAAUACCAACUAUUCACAACAUGAACUAACUUAUAUUUUUAUGGAUUGUAAUGAUGUAGCUGUUAUGAUUUCCCGCUUUCAAAAUAAGUGCGAAGACCUGUUUUUAAUUGUGCAGAUUUUAACUGAUGACAUUUUACUGUUUAAAGAGCUAAUACAAUAAGAUGUAAAAAUGUUUUUCUUGGAAACGUGGUGAUUUUUCUUACGAACAAUAAAGCAAAGGGUGUAUCAGUAA